AUGGCAGAUCAACUCACCGAGGAGCAGAUUGCUGAGUUCAAGGAGGCGUUCUCCCUGUUCGACAAGGACGGCGAUGGCACGAUCACCACCAAGGAAUUGGGGACGGUGAUGCGCUCGCUCGGCCAGAACCCCACCGAGGCCGAGCUCCAGGACAUGAUCAACGAGGUCGACGCCGACGGCAACGGCACCAUCGACUUCCCCGAGUUCUUGACGAUGAUGGCGCGCAAGAUGAAGGACACCGACUCCGAGGAGGAGAUCCGCGAGGCGUUCCGAGUGUUCGACAAGGACGGCAACGGGUUCAUCUCGGCGGCCGAGCUGCGCCACGUGAUGACGAACCUCGGGGAGAAGCUGACCGACGAGGAGGUGGACGAGAUGAUCCGCGAGGCCGACAUUGACGGCGACGGACAGGUCAACUACGAAGAGUUCGUGACGAUGAUGACGACGAAA